AGAGUAUAUAAACUGCUGUGCGAAUAAAAUUUCACUGAAGAAAUCGAUCUCUUGGUUACGAGAUGAAUCGUUGGAUAUUGGUUUUUGCGGCGUUAGCUGCUUUGGCUUCGGUUGCCAACUCAUCAAAGAAGGUUGUAUGCUACUACGGUAGCUGGGCUGGUUAUCGAAAUGGUAAUGGCAAAUUUGACGUCUCAAAAAUCGAUCCGACUCUUUGCACCCAUUUCAUCUAUGGCUUUGUCGGCAUCAAUAUGAAUGGCAACAUCCGAGUUUUAGACCCAUGGAAUGAUGAAGCCGAUAAUUACGGCUUGAAUGGUUUUGGCAAAUUCUCCGAACUUCGUAAAAAGAGUUCUAGCGCUAAAAUAAUGGUCGCUGUCGGUGGAUGGAGCGAGGGAUCCUCGUCAUUCUCUGCGGUCGCUAGCAGUGCGGAACUUCGUAAAACAUUCGUCAAGCGCGUCGUUGCAUUUUUGGAGAAACAUAAGUUCGAUGGUUUAGAUAUCGAUUGGGAAUACCCGAACCAGCGUGGUGGAAAAAAAGAAGACAUAGAAAACUUUGUGAAAAUGCUUAAGGAAUGUAACACCGAAUUAAAAAAAAAAGGAAAGAUUCUUAGUAUUGCUGUUGGUGCUACCGAGUCACUUGCCAGUUUGUCUUAUAAUAUAAAAAAAGUAUCCGAAAAUGUGGACUUUAUCAACCUUAUGACAUACGAUCUUCAUGGUACUUGGGACGGCGUCACUGGUCAUCACGCUGGACUUUAUUCGCCCACGAGCGGAGACAAGCUCACCGUUCACGCAGCCGUACUCUAUUGGUUGAAGCAGGGUUGCCCACCUGAGAAACUAAUCCUUGGAGUGCCAUUCUAUGGUAGGGCCUUCACUCUCUCUAAUAGUAAAAAUAAUGGCAUUGGAGCUCCUGCCUCUGGACCAGCUUUAGCCGGCCCGUAUACUCAAGAUGGUGGCUAUCUUGGAUACAAUGAGAUUUGCGAAAAACUUAAGCAGGGAGGCUGGACUGUUGUACAUGGUAAUAAGGAAAAAUCUCCUUACGCUUACAAGGGCAAUCAGUGGGUUGGCUAUGAGGAUGAAAAAUCUAUUCAAGUAAAAGUUCAAUACGUCAAAGACAAAGGUCUCGGAGGUCUAAUGACAUGGAGUAUCGAUACUGACGACUUUAACGGAAGUUGCGGUAAAAAGUAUCCUCUACUGAAAGCAAUGAACGCAGUGAAGAACUAAGUUCUGGUAGAAUCAAGAUAAAUCGACUAAGAAAUUACCACAAACAAUGCACUUAUAAUAAGCAAUGUUUCUACCUGUGACUGCACUUUCCAAUGAUAUUUGCAAGAAAAAUGAUUACAAUUUGCGAUAAAGUUACGAUAUAUUCUACCUAUGCCGAAAUAUCAACGGCGCUCUAAGUACAAAAAUUCAAUUGUCUAAGCAGACUAGCUUUCCUAAAUCAAUGAUUGUAAUUAUAAACAUCUCGAUAAUAAACGGUAAUAAAUGGUCAUGUUAUACUAUUCUA